UUUCGUCGUGGUGAGAACAAUUAUGAUUACGGAACUGUCAUAUGGGCUGACACAUAUGUGUUAGGCGGGGGAUUCUUCAUUCGCCCUAUGGUGAAGGAGUUAGGCAGUGAACCAGCGUCCUAUUAUUUAAAUGUACUCACUGACGCUGCCUGGGUCUAUGCCGGUUUCACGUACGAUGCCAAGUCCGGGAUGAUCAGGAUGUGGGUAGACGGCGUCGAGGCGGGUCAUUUUCAGCACACUCCUCACCUGAAUCAUAUCACCGACACACCUGUCCGCAUCGGUGCCAGACACAUUUCCACGAGAGACUCCAGGUAUUUCUCCGGUGCCUUGAGGUGUGUCCAAUGGUACGGAGUCGCUUUAUCUGCAGAACAGAUCCAACAGACCGUGGAGCUGUGCAGAGAGACUGUACACGGCGCACGGUACAAGGUUCACAAAGGUUACGCAAUUGGCACUAACUCUUCACUAACAUACAGAUCCGCGCAUGGAAUCCGUUCUCUGUUGGAAUGUGCCGCCUUCUGUUGCCGAGACUACAACUGUCUAUCAGUGAAUUAUUUGGAGGCUACUUCAACCUGUGAACUCAGCAAAUACUCCACCGUCUACAACAGCAGCCUACAGCUUACCCGACGUUCAGAGGGCGAGGUGCACGCCGAACUAUUGCAUCCCGUGAAUAUGUUGUCUGAUUGAGAUAAGUGGCGAGUCCAGACUAAGGGCUCAUUUCACAUGAAACUAUCACUUUAUGUAGAGGGAUCCCAAUCCGCGGAGACUUUUG